AGUACUCGAUCGCAACACACGGUGAGUGCCUGCGCACACUCCGCACGGCACUACACGCGAAUGCAGCGAUGCACGUGCGUAAAUUCGCCGUCGAUAAAUUCGAUCUAGUGAGAUCCGUUUUAGAUGUUUACAAUCGAUAAAUCAAAUCUGUUGUAGAAAUUCGCGUGUGAUUGUGUGUGUGGACUUUGCGACGGACGAAUCUUGACAUUAUUUCCCCGCUUCCCCUACAAAAUGAGAAAGAUCAUGAAUCGGCCAAAACUGCACUUGGGGAUACUACUCAUGAUAUGGAUAGUGGGCGGUGGGGACGGCUACAGCUGCCCGUACGGUCACCAGUGCGGUUUUGAACCCGCGCCGCCUGGUCGAGCGCCCCCCUGUGCACAACCGGGCCUCACCUACUGCCUUCAACCAGAACCUUACCCAGAGCAUAUUAUCCAGAAGUUGAUAGAGGCCGGGCAGUACGACAUUCGGACGUUACUGUCGGACGAAAGCCGAGAUGAAUUCGAGUCGAAGAAGAAAGGCGCGUAUCCGUACGGGUAUGGACCGAAUUCGCUGCCGCACGUUGACCAAAUUUCACUGGUGAAUGAUGCGCAUUACCCAAAAGACGCCAACAAGUAUCACGGUCGAUAUAACCAUGACGUUCUCAUUGAAAAAACGCCACUCCAACCUCCGUCACCAGUCGAUCCGUCCUCCUACAACAUUGGCGCGUACCAAGCUGCCAACUUCUCAAAAUUCGGUUUCAACGGCUACUGGAGUCCAACAAAUCAGUACGAAUAUGACAGGAAAGGCUUGACACAACACCGUGUAGCCCCGAACCUAGAUGGAUAUAACCAUGGAUUUUUCAACGGACCUAAUCUAUACCAGGGUUACGACUCGAAUUGGUAUAACCAGCCCACGAAUCACGGUGUGACGCAGUAUAAUCCAAAUGAAUGGUGGAAGUAUAUAACACCCACACGAUCCGACGACGUGACGAUCGAGCGAUCCGUAACGUUCCCGACACGCACGACUACGAUCCGCAGGCCGGCGCGACGGCGACGCAACGCCGACCUCGUGAAAGCUGCGGAACAGAAAACUCUGACAGGCGCGGAGGCAUUGAGGAUAGCUUUGGGAUUAGCCAACGAGGACAGCUCAGCUGAAAGGCCAAGGCGACAGGCUCAGGACUCUCUGGAGCUGUGUCGUGUUAGAACACAGUUUAUAACUCCCCGUGCCGCUCUUAACAAUAAGGGCAACUGGCGGUACGUUGUCAAUAUGGCAGACAAUAUGACGCAACUUGUACGAGCUGAAAUUUGCGCGUCUACUGAAUGCAACGGUUUAUGCACAUUACCUCUUGGAUACACUUCCCGUUGUGAACAAAAAUAUAUUCAAAAGCGACUUGUUGCAUUGGAAUCGAGUGGCCAAACACUAUACACCGAUUUGUUUUGGAUCCCUAGCUGUUGUCAGUGCACAAUUAUUAACAAUAAUUAAAUCUUUAAUGUAGAUUAUAAUGUUAAUUGUGAUGAAUUUUUGUUUAUAAAAUAAUUAUUUUGUUUCCUCUACUUGAUAAUAGAUGACGCUGUAAGGUAAGCACAAAAGUCAUGUGGUUUAAUUUACGUCUUAUUGUUAUUUACGAAACAUUUUUAUUAUUGAUUUCUAAUUUAUAUCAAAAAUUAUACAUUUUAAUAAAAAUAUCUUUUUUUAAUGUAUUUAAAAACAUCGAUUUUUUCUUUUUAUUAUUUUCCUUUUAUGAAUGGGCGAAUAUUGUAAAUGGCCACAUAUGCGGCACGUACGAAUGUAUAUAUAUACUUAGUUUGUAUUUUAUCUGUAUUAGAUUGUUCACUUUAAUUUAAGCAUUAUUUUAAAAGUAUUCGUUGAUCUCUCAGACAUAUUCUGAGCGCAAUAAUAAAGUUCUCAAUAAUAACAUAAGCAACCAAUGUUUAUUCAGCUUUAGAGCAAAUUAGUAACUACUUUUUAAUUACACUCAUGAAGUUAAAAUAAUUAAUUUUAACACUAUGUAUAAAAACUGGUGCUUGUUUAAAUUUUUGUAUAAUUUCCAAGUUUGUAAUUUAAAUCUUCCUAUUAUGUUCAACGGAAUCUGUAUUAAAGAUGUGUUAGUCGAUAUUAUAUAUUAUAUUUUAUAGGACAUAUUGUAAUUAAAAUGUGCUGUGCGAACGUUAACAGUAGUAUAAUAGCGCAAUAGUAAAAAUCGGGUUUAUACAUAGUUUUUAAUAUUAAAGUAAAUUAUUUCAUCGUGU